CCUACCGCUCCACAGCCCCGCCGGGCGCGGGCUGCCCGAGCCCGCCCUGCAGCGCAAAGCCGGGGACACGGCGGGCUCCAGCCCCGGGUGGGGCUGAGGCGGCGGGCUCAGACCCGCGCUAACCCCCGCUCCCAGGGCAGCCGCGCCCGCUGGGCGCUGCAGAGCGCAAGGGGUGCCCUCCCGAGCGGGGCUGCCCGGCUGCAGCGCUGUGGGGGGAACCGAGGAUCUGGGCCGCCUCCCCCACACACCCCGCGCCGCUUCCUUUUACAGCGCCGCGGCACCGCGCCCGCAGCAACCUCUGCCCGUGACGCCGCCGCCGCCGCCCGGCACCCGGAAGGCCAGGCUGCGCCCCCGGGCCGCCCGCCGCACAGGUUCUGAAGACGAGCUGCUGCACCGAGAAUCUGAAGAAGGGAGUUCUCUGUUAAGACUGCAAGAAGAUACUACCAACUGACUGGAGGCCAAGAACAGAGUGCAGCACUGGCUGUAGGUACCUUAACAUGGGGAACCUUCUAAAAGUUUUGACAUGCACAGACCUUGAGCAGGGGCCAAAUUUUUUCCUUGAUUUUGAAAAUGCCCAACCUACAGAAUCUGAAAAGGAAAUUUAUAAUCAGGUGAAUGUAGUGUUAAAGGAUGCAGAAGGAAUACUGGAAGACUUGCAGUCAUAUAGAGGAGCUGGCCAUGAAAUACGAGAGGCAAUACAGCAUCCCAGUGAUGAGAAGCUGCAAGAGAAGGCAUGGGGUGCAGUUGUUCCACUAGUAGGCAAGCUAAAGAAAUUCUAUGAAUUUUCUCAAAGACUAGAGGCAGGAUUGCGAGGUCUGCUGGGAGCUCUGACAAGCACUCCAUACUCACCAACGCAACACCUGGAGCGAGAGCAGGCUCUUGCUAAGCAGUUUGCAGAAAUUCUUCACUUCACACUUCGGUUUGAUGAGCUCAAGAUGACAAAUCCUGCUAUACAGAAUGAUUUCAGCUACUAUAGAAGAACUCUGAGCCGUAUGAGGAUUAACAAUGUUCCAGCAGAGGGAGAGAAUGAAGUAAAUAAUGAGUUGGCAAACAGAAUGUCUUUAUUUUAUGCUGAAGCAACGCCAAUGUUGAAAACCUUAAGUGAUGCUACAACAAAGUUUGUGUCAGAGAAUAAAAAUUUACCAAUAGAGAAUACUACAGAUUGCUUAAGCACCAUGGCUAGUGUGUGCAGGGUCAUGCUGGAAACCCCUGAAUAUAGAAGCAGGUUUACAAAUGAGGAAACAGUAUCAUUCUGUCUGAGGGUAAUGGUGGGUGUCAUCAUACUCUAUGACCACGUGCAUCCGGUGGGCGCUUUUGCCAAAACUUCAAAAAUUGAUAUGAAAGGAUGCAUCAAAGUUCUUAAAGACCAGCCUCCUAACAGUGUAGAAGGCCUUCUAAAUGCUCUCAGGUACACAACAAAGCAUUUGAAUGAUGAGACUACCUCCAAGCAAAUUAAAUCCAUGUUGCAAUAACAGUUACCUGGAAUUCGCACCUGCUGUAGACAGACAGUAUUCUGCAAUGACUGAGAUGCACAGAGUUGGUUUUUUUUUUAGUGAUUGCAACUACUAUCUCGUUCAUUCUUGCUUUUUAUUUUCUCUCUUCCUGUUUACCCUUUUUUUUUUUUUAAUCACUUUCUUGUUCUUAAGUAAGCUCAGACUUCUUUUCUGUGCCAAAUCAAUGAAAAUUUAUCAAUUCUGGGAAGUAUUUCUACUUUCCUGAAUAGCCAUCCUAAGUGGCAGCUAAUUAUGCGUUGCAUUUGGAUUUCUCUGUACUGGGGAAAGAUUUGUGACUUGAACUAAAUAUUUUUAAACUUGUGGGUUUUUUUUUUUCAUUUUUUUCUUUUUUUUUUUUGAAAAACUAAUAUUUAAUAUUGCUUCUUCUGCAUGGCGAGACUGCCUACUUCUGCUAUUUAAAAAUCCCUCGACGACUUCAUUUUCUAUUGCAGCUUAUUUUCAUGUGCAACCAUGAGGAAACUAAGAGCAGAUUUGUUUAAAUUAACUGUGUUUGUACAAAAUGGUACCCAACACAAAGGUUUUUUUAAAUAAGUAAAAACUUGUUUUGUUUAAAAGUUACGUUUGCAUUUUGACUCAUUUUUGUAAGGAUGUAUGUUGUAUGUUUAACCUUUAAUAACUAACGUUAAACUGUGGUGUGUGCGUAGCAAAAUUACGUAUGCAUGUUCAUGUCAAAUGAUUGGCUGUGGAUAAGAUAAUAAAAUCAGCUUUCAUUUUUCUAAG